AUGGAUGAGGUCUUCAGUCUGCACAUGGAGAAACUUGAUGUUUAUGACGUUCUCCUCCUUGCCGGCAUCCUGUCAGUGAUAAUCCUGAUCUGUAUUUAGUUUUUUGGAGCCACAAAACUAUACGAAAUGCUAUC